UUUCGGUCUAAUAGACUAAUUCGAUUUGCGAAAUAAAUAAAUUGAUGUGCCUAAAGUCGCUGAAAUAGCGCUUUUAUGAAGAAGCAAGCAUAAUCGUUAGUUUGGUGUAUUGGAACUCCUACGAAACCUCUGGAGACUGGAGUCACUGAAACUCAACCAAAGCUAAAACCACAGCAAAAACUCGCCAAUCCCAAUUCCAAACUGCAAUGGCGAAAGCCCCCUCCAAGCAUUCUCGCGAUCAGCCUCUGGACGUCGAGGGGCUUUUGAAUAACUUACAGGACUGGGAAUUGUCCUUCAAGGAGAAAGACAAAAAACUGAGAGUAGAUGCUUUUGGAAAGGGAAAAUUGGAUCCCGUUCCUCCAAGUCAAGCAAGUCAUAAUAUUUCUAGUCGACUUUCUGAUAACCCUAGAGUUAACGGAAGACAGACAAGGGAAAAGACUUCUUCUUUUGACAAUAAGGAUACUAUGAGACAGCACGAUUAUUUAAAGAAAUACGAGGCACUUAGUCAACUACCAAGCGGAGUUUCAUUUCAGGAGGGUGUUGUUGAUGCUAAUUCUGAGAAAGAAUUGGGUAAUGAUUUUUUUAAGCAUAAGAAAUUCAAUGAAGCAAUAGACUGCUACUCUCGUAGCAUUGCACUAUCACCAACUGCGGUAGCUUAUGCAAAUAGGGCAAUGGCAUACAUCAAAGUUAAGAGAUUCCUGGAUGCUGAAAAUGAUUGCACUGAAGCUUUGAAUUUAGAUGAUCGCUACAUAAAAGCAUACUCUCGUCGAUCAACUGCAAGAAAAGAACUUGGGAAACUCAAGGAGUCCAUUGAUGAUGUUGAAUUUGCUUUAAGGUUAGAACCACAAAAUCAAGAGAUCAAGAAACAGUAUGCUGAAUGCAAAGCUUUGCUUGAAAAGGAGAUUCUAAAGAAGGCAUCUGGGGCAUUAGCAGGAUCAUCUAAGGGAGCACUCCAAGAAAAAGUAGUGAUGGACAAGAAGAAACAUGCAACAAGUUCCCCUGCUGGAAGAGUGGCUAAGUUCGUGGAAGAUGAUUCCAAGGCUAAUAUUAGAGAAGUUUCAAGUCAGGCAUCUUUGGCGAAUAAAGAAAACAGUACUCUAAGUAAUGGAUCUCAUGCUGGUGCUGUCUCCGAGUGCGCUAAGGGGGAAUUUCAAAAUAGCAAGCUGGAGCUGAGGGCAUCUGUGAAAGAACUUGCUGCAAAAGCAGCUGAUCUGGCAAAGGCCGAAGCUGCAAAAAACAUUGCCCCACCAACAUCAGCUUAUCAAUUUGAGGUUUCUUGGCGAGGACUGUCUGGUGAUCGUGAGUUACAGGCUCGCUUAUUGAAGGUUACUUCGCCAACUGCAUUGCCUGGGAUGUUUAAGCAUGCAUUGUCAGCUCCAAUUCUUAUUGACGUCAUUAGGUGCAUCGCAACCUUUUUUAUGGAAGAGAUGGCAUUAGGUGUUGAGUACUUGCAAAAUUUUUCCAAAAUCCCAAGAUUUGAUAUGAUCAUCAUGUGCCUUUCACCUGCGGACAAGGCUGAUCUUUUGAAGAUAUGGAACGAAGUAUUCAGUAAGGGAACUGCAGAAUAUGCCAAGAUCCUUGAUAGUUUGCGUCCAAAAUAUCGCAUAGACCAGUGAUGAGCAUUUGCUUCUAGGCCAAUUCAUGGCUAAAGCCCAAUUUGUCGUUGAUCGCGUUCAGAGUAGAAAGAAGGAUGUGGAAGAAGUUGAAUGAUCUGAUCCCAAUACAGACAAGCCUGUGGAAUGGUGUAAAAAACUAUAACUAGGGUUAGCAAACUUAGAUGUAAAUGCACUUAAUAUUAAAUUCAAAUACAAUGAUCUCUGUUGGAUUUUGUUGAUGGUGGGGCGCCUGGGAGCUGUUUGUAUUGAUCUAACAGUAUGAAGGAGGAUAUUGAACUUCAUGAUACAAAUAUUUUGCUGCCUUCGGAUGA